UUCCCAAUAACUCUUCCGCAUCAAAAUUUAGCCCAAAAAACAACAAAAAAUCUGGGUAAAAAAAAAAAAGAAGAAGAAGGAGAAGAUGAAGAGAUUGCAAGGGAAAGUUGCGAUCGUGACGGCUUCGACCCAAGGAAUUGGAUUCGCCAUCGUCGAGCGCUUCGGACUCGAAGGCGCCUCCGUCGUCGUCUCAUCUCGAAAGCAGAAAAACGUAGACGAGGCAGUAGAAAAGCUCAAAUCCAAAGGAGUUGAAUGCUUGGGGAUCGUCUGCCACGUCUCAAACUCUCAACAGAGAAAGGACCUCGUCGAGAAAACCGUUCAGAGGUAUGGGAAAAUAGAUAUAGUUGUGUCGAACGCAGCUGCGAAUCCUUCCAUAGAUAAUAUAUUGGAUAUGAAAGAGUCUGUGCUUGAUAAGCUUUGGGAUAUUAACGUGAAGGCUUCUGUUUUACUCUUGCAGGCUGCUGCACCACAUUUGAGUAAGGGGUCAUCGGUGAUCCUCAUUGCAUCUAUUUCUGGAUAUCAUCCACAGUCGUCUAUGGCGAUGUAUGGAGUCACAAAAACAGCUCUUCUCGGGCUCACCAAGGCCCUUGCUGCUGAGAUGAGCCCAGACUCUCGAGUCAACUGCAUAGCUCCUGGAUUUGUGCCUACCCAUUUUGCCGACUUCAUCACAAACAAUCCCACCAUUAGGAAAGAAAUAGAGCAGAACACCCUGCUGAAGAGGCUCGGGACAGCAGAAGACAUGGCAGCGACUGCUGCUUUUCUUGCAUCCGAUGACUCUGCAUACAUUACAGGAGAAACCAUUGUGGUUGCUGGAGGUAUGCCUUCAAGGCUCUAGAGUCCAUUUGAAGCUCUCUUAUACCUUCAAUUGUGAACCAGUUUCACUCUCUGCUGCAGAUUUGCCUUUAUAAGUCUAGGAGUUACCUUCAAAGCUCUGCUCUGUAUUUGUAACUUUUAGAAAGGAUUUGGUUGUUUCAGAGUUUAGUUUUUAGCGUCUCACUUCUCCUCAACUGAAAUGUAAACCAGUCUCUUUAUAAUAAUAAAAGAUUGACAUUGGCAAGGUUGAAAUUAUUGACAA